CUGAGACGAGCAUGUGGGAGGAGAGCUUCGAUACAGAGACUGAGGUUGGCGGUGAGCCGGACUACUCGCCGGUGUCGUGGCGGGAGUAUUUUGACCAGAUGGAGGAUGUGAGCGUGGGGACGGCCGACAGCAGGGACGUCUUCAGGAUUUAUAAAGCAGGAAGUGCUGGACCUGUGCUGGUGCUGCUGCACGGAGGAGGACACUCGGCGCUGUCCUGGGCCGUCUUCACCAAAGCCAUCGCCAGCAGAGUGACCUGCAGGGUACUCGCCAUAGACCUCAGGGGUCACGGUGAAACCCUGGUCCACCAAUCAGACGAUUUCUCAACUCAAACCAUGUCCAGCGAUAUAGCCAAUGUGAUUGGAGUCUGCUACGGUGAAGCUCCUCCCCCCAUCGUCCUGAUUGGCCACGGCGUUGGCGGGGCGAUCGCAGUGCACACAGCCAGUAACAUGCUGCUCCCGACCACUGUGGGCCUGGUGGCCAUCGACGUCGUGGAAGGCAGUGCGACGGAGGCUCUCCACAGAAUACAGAACUUCCUGAAGGGAAGACCUAAGUCCUUCAAGUCCUUGGACCACGGCAUCGAGUGGAGCGUCAGGAGCGGGCAGAUCAGGAACCUGGAAUCUGCCAGAGUGUCAAUGGUUGGUCAGAUCAAAAGAUGUGAGGUGGAGGAGGCCGACGCCGUGGAGGAAGCCAGCCCUGCGUCCGACGUGGUCGUCGAGGGUAACAAAGAACUUUCCGAUCAGAGCCACGUCAACGACAAAGAAAGCGCCGCCUCAGAGGUCAGCCUCAGCGAAGGCCAGAGUGUGUACAUGUGGCGCAUAAACCUGUCGAAGUCAGAAAAGUACUGGAACGGCUGGUUCAGAGGAACCUCCAACCUCUUCCUGGCUUGCAACCUGCCCAAACUUCUGCUGUUGGCCGGAAUCGACAAGCUGGACAGAGAACUGAGUAUCGGACAGAUGCAAGGUAAAUUCAUGAUGCAGGUGCUGCCCCCCUGUGGACACGCAGUGCAAGAAGACAAACCAGAAAAGGUGGCGGACGCUGUGGCCUCCUUCCUGUUGAGGCACAAGUUUGCGGAGGCGAUAAAAGAAACCAGGAGCACCAACUCCUUCACACGAUGAGCUCUGCAGGUUCCUUCAGCAGAACGGAUCCGACUGUGCAGAUCUUCAUCUUUUACCAGAAGACUGAAUCUGAAACCAGUCGACAGCCUGCGGUUGUUUAGUUCCUGGGAAACAUCUUUAAAAGCCAUAUUUUAAAAUGUUGGGGAUGAAAAAAAUAAAAAGUAUUUAAAAGUUCCAACAUUAAGAAACUUUAAGCCUCUAAGAAAUAUGA